AAUAAAUUUCCAAGUUGUGGCUCAAACUCACAGAUAAAGUUAGCAAUUAAGAAAAGAUAAUAAAGGAACAGUUUGGUUACAUAAACGGACAUCUCCGCCCAUUGGUCCUUCCUCCUUUCUCAUUUCCUUUUCGUGUAUUGGCUCGUUUCUCUUUGCUGUCUUACACUCUAUUCAACAAAAACAAGUAUUGGUGCCAAGAGAAAAGGCAAUAUAGUGUGGAGCAUUUACAUUCAUAUAUAAGGGAAAAGGUGCAACAGAUAUAUAGAAUACAGGAUUUUUUAGUCUCUUAAUUGAAGUAUAGUGCCGUAGGAAUGGGGGCUCCUCUAUCAGCAUGGCCAUGGGAGAACUUUGGAAUAUACAAGUAUGUAUUAUAUGGACCGUUUGUGGCCAAAGUUGUGUAUGAAUGGUUGUAUAAUGAAGAACACUCGUACUACAACCUCAGCUGGUGCCUUCAUUUGCUCACACUAAGUGCUCUCAGAGGUCUAAUUCACGUGCUUUGGGCUUCUUAUAGCCACAUGUUUUUUCUCACUAGAAAUCGACGGAUUCUUCAACAGGGUGUUGAUUUCAACCAGAUUGACAAAGAAUGGGACUGGGACAAUUUCUUGAUUCUUCAAACACUAGUAGCCUCCAUGGCCUGCUAUAUGUUUCCCUUUCUUCAGUAUCUUCCUCUCUGGAAUGCAAAAGGUCUUAUUGUUGCACUGAUUCUCCAUGUGGGAAUCUCAGAGCCACUUUAUUAUUGGGUGCAUAGGAAGUUCCAUGGAGAUUACCUUUUCACCCAUUAUCAUUCACUUCAUCAUUCAUCUCCCAUACCAGAGUCUUUUACUGCUGGACAUGCAACACUUUUGGAGCAUCUUAUUUUGACGCUAGUCAUUGGAAUCCCUAUCCUUGGGGCUUCUUUGAUGGGAUAUGGAUCAGCAAGCUUGGUGUAUGCUUAUGUUUUGAUUUUUGAUUUCCUCAGAUGCUUGGGCCACUGCAAUGUUGAAAUUGUUCCCCAUCAGUUGUUCCAGAAAUUCCCAUUUCUUAGAUAUGUGAUAUACACACCAACAUAUCACAACCUACACCAUUCUGAUAAGGAUACUAAUUUCUGCCUCUUUAUGCCUCUCUUUGACGCACUUGGCAAUACCCUCAACCAAAAAUCAUGGCAAUCACACAAAAUAUUAAGUUCAGGUUCCGGAAACGGUGACACGGUCCCACAUUUUGUUUUCCUAGCGCAUAUAGUAGAUGUGUCAUCUUCUAUUCAUGUUCAAUUCGUCCUGCGAUCCUUUGCUUCAUUGCCAUACACAACGAGGCUCUUCUUGGUCCCAUGUUUGCCCGUUGCUUUUCUAGUUUUACUAGCAAUGUGGGUUUGGUCCAAGACCUUCUUAGUUAGUUUCUACUACCUCAGAGGUAAACUGCACCAAAUGUGGGUUGUACCUAGAUGUGGCUUUCAGGUAGGUCCUUGGUGCAUUCAUCAAUAUUUUGGGGUUAAAGUCAUUAGCCUUGCUGCAUUGAAUAAGAAUGAAUCUCUAAACGGGGGUGGAAAGCUUUUUGUGGACAAGCACCCAAACCUGAGGGUUCGAGUUGUUCAUGGGAACACGUUAACUGCAGCUGUCAUACUCAAUGAGAUCCCUCAAGAUGUGAAAGAGGUGUUCCUAACAGGAGCUACUUCCAAGCUUGGAAGAGCAAUUGCUCUCUACCUUUGCCAAAAGAAAGUCAAAGUUCUGAUGUUAACUCUUUCAACAGAUAGAUUUCAGAGGAUUCAAAAGGAAGCCCCUCUUGAGUAUCAAAGCUAUCUUGUCCAAGUGACAAAAUACCAAGCAGCACAAAACUGCAAGAGCUGGAUUGUUGGCAAGUGGAUCACACCAAGAGAGCAAUACUGGGCACCACGUGGAACCCAUUUCCAUCAAUUUGUUGUCCCACCCAUUUUAUCAAUCAGAAGAGAUUGCACUUAUGGUGAUCUAGCUGCCAUGAGAUUACCAGAAGACGUGGAGGGCCUUGGCUGUUGUGAGUACACGAUGGAUAGGGGAGUAGUUCAUGCGUGCCAUGCAGGAGGAGUGGUACACAGCCUUGAAGGUUGGUCUCAUCACGAAGUUGGGGCCAUAGAUGUCAACAGAAUCGAUCUUGUGUGGGAAGCUGCACUCAAACAUGGCCUAAGGCCAGUGUCCACUUUCACACACUAGAAGAAAUUCGAUCCUCAGCUAAAGUAUUUUUCCCAAGUUAUCUUUCCUUUGUUUUGCAGUAUUGCGCAUCACAGUGGCCAUCUAAAUGUGGUUGUAUUCUUUGAUGUCGCUGUAUUACAUUUCUAAUGUUUCUUGUACGUUCAUAAGAUCACAUUGACAAGUGAUUCAUAGGCCAAAGUAACCUAGCCACCUCCCAUCCUCACUGCUUUGUUA